AUUCAUUCCGCCUCCCACAUGGAAGUCUUACCCGACCAACCUCCAUACUAUCAUCUUCCUACACCUACCACCUGCCAAAGUUACAGUACCUACCUGACCUAAACGCACAACCCCACGUCCUUGCAGCCAAUUGCCUACGGACCUAUCGAUUCUUUGCAGCUUUCCGUUCACAGACAACGCCUCAUUCGGCACAGCCAGUUCAAUUCAAGCAAUAGGAUCAAGAGACAAAUAAAUCCCAAAAAGAAGAAAAUAUUCAAGAUAUCCCAUAUCCCAUUGAUACAGCAGGCCCUGAGCCAAGCCCGCCUAGGAACCCCAGAACGUCGGCACUGCCUGCAAGGCUUGCAACCCUGCAACGUGUAGCAGACACAUCAUAUCCAUCAUCCUGUACGAUCUAGCAGUCCAAGGAAUUUACAAGAAGCCCGCUCCCGCCUGCAGCUAGCCAAAAUGUCGGACUCGCCCCAAUCCAAUCCCAAGGAGAUCGAAGGCGCACACACUCCCGACGAGGAAGCACAGAUGAAUGAUCCUCAGGACCCACAGUCUGCCGGCCUCGGCUACGAGUUUGAAGUCAAGGAGCAAGAUCGUUGGCUGCCAAUCGCAAAUGGGUCGCCGGGAGCACCCCGGACCUCCUUCUCAUCCAAAGGCGACAAGCAGCACCAUGACGCAUACGAUGCUAACAUACGAAACUUUGCUCCAGUGGCCCGUAUCAUGAAAAAUGCACUUCCCGAUAAUGCAAAGAUCGCGAAAGAGGCCAAGGAAUGCAUGCAAGAAUGUGUGAGCGAGUUUAUCUCGUUUAUUACAAGUGAAGCCUCCGAGAAAUGUCACCAAGAGAAGCGAAAGACUGUGAAUGGUGAGGAUAUCUUGUUCGCCAUGACGUCUCUCGGCUUUGAGAACUACAGCGAAGCUUUGAAGAUCUAUCUUGCCAAGUACCGUGAGCAAAACCAAACAACGCGCGGUGAGGGCCAGCAAAAUAGGCCUGGUAGUCAGGGCUAUGGCGCGGCGCCAGGCGGCGCGCCUGGGACCAAUGCUACAGCGGGUUUCCCCGGCGGAGAGCUCGGGCAGCAGGGAACUGAAGCUCCUGGAGAUGCCUCUGGAUAUCUUUACAACACACAACCUGGACACAACGGUGCCGCCCCGGGUGAAUAUUGACCAGCAUAAACCACAACGUGUGUAUUCAGGCCUCCGGAGUGUCAUGCCAACUUGAGACUGAGAAGAUUUCCGUGCGCGGCGACGAAUCAAACGUACAUGAACCCUAUUUGUUGGAGUGGGCUUAUGGGGAAUGGAUGGACGGAUGGGAGUAGAUGUCAUUUUGGGGUUUUAUUUGAUUUGAUUUUUUACAUUUUUUAUUCUGGACUUGACGUUACUAUACUUGAUAGAUUCCCCACAAAGGCGAUUACUAUAAUUCUCGUGAUUUGCAUGUUUUUUCUGCGUUUGAUAUGAACGCCAACGACCGGUGCUCUCCUUCGUAAUAUGGAAGAUUGUAAUAUCAUCACUCGUCGAGACAUUCUCAGCCUGAU